AUGGAACCCGCCGAGAGACUGGAGCUGAGGGACGAAUGCAAACAUUAUGAGGGGAGCGACGAGGUGCCCUGGGAUAUCCAAAAAUACUUUUCCCAGAGGUACUCGAUAUUCUCAUGGUAUGACGAAGGCAUCUACAUGACAGACGACGCCUGGUUCGGCGUGACGCCAGAGCCGGUAGCCAACCAUAUUGCCAGCGACAUGUACGACAUGUACGACGGUCGAUCAGAGAUCACCACCCUUAUAGACAUGUUUGCCGGCGCAGGAGGCAACACCAUCGCCUUUGCCCUCUCGGGCCGGUGGGACAAGAUCAUCGCCCUGGAGAGGGACGCCUCGACGCUCGCCUGUGCCCAGCACAAUGCGGAGGUGUACGGCGUCGAGCCUGGCGUCAUCACCUGGAUCAACGGCGACGCCUUUGAGUACCUCGACGCCCUGACCAACCGGCCGGAUGAGCUGCACGCAGAGCUGAAGGUCGACACGGCUGCCACCGUCGUCUUCGCCAGCCCGCCCUGGGGAGGUGUCGGCUACUCGACCGACCAGGUAUUCAACCUGGAUACCAUGCAGCCGUAUAACCUGGCGCAGCUGCACGCUGCCUGCGGACCCAUGGACCACGCGCUCUACCUCCCCAGGACGAGUGACCUGCGGCAGGUGGCCAAGCUGGCGCCCAGAGGUAAGAAGAUUGAGGUUGUGCAGUACUGCAUGGAAGGGGCUAGCAAGGCCAUGGUCACUUACAUACCGGGGAAGGGGCAGAGGAAGAACAGCAGCAAAAACUCUCGCUGA